CAGCCAAUUGAUGACUUUCACCUGCGCAGACAGGAGAAGAAGACAGCAGUUAAACUGAAGCUGUGAGCUUUUUCCACACACUAAAGUAGUUUAAGAGAAAGUUUUGGUAGCAAAAUGCCACGACGGAACAGCUUUAGCUUUAAAAGUGUGCUGCUCACAUUUCUGCUGAUAUUUUCUUUAUUUUGGAAACUCUGUGACUCGCAGGUGGACGGAGAAGAAGAAGCCAACGAGCCUCCAGAUGGACACGGAGGUGACAACGGUCCCUUCUUCGCACUGCGGAGCUGCCACCAAUUGCUGCAUGGCGACUCCGGCGAGUUCUUCUCCCCGGACUAUCUGUGCUCCAACCCUCCACUGUGGUGCAACUGGACCAUCCAGGUGGAUCCAGGGAAAAGGAUCCAUCUCCACCUGGAGGACCUCACCCCUGACUACACAUGCCACCUCAAACAGGACCAGAUCCACGUGGACGAGCCCGCUGGACAGUUCGUGGGCCACAAAGUCCUGCAGAAGUGCUGGCAAGAGGCCAAGUACACCUCCUCCUCCAACACUGUCUAUGUGGUGCUGCUGAUCGGAGGCUGGCCCAACCCACCCUACAGGGGCUUCUAUGGCUGCUACCAGGUGUUUGGACCACCGAUGCUUUACAAUCCACAGGAAGGGUCCACGGAGAGACACAGGAAGACGGAUCCAUCCCUCGGACUCUUCAGCUUAAAUGAAUUUAGCCCAAGUUUGAACAGUGAACAGAUGGAGUCGGACGUGUCUCCGCAUCCGUCAGCAGCAGAUUCUGUCCUGGUGUCUUAUGAUCAACCUUCACCCACAAAGGCGGAGCUGCCGUGGGAACCUGAGGAGGACACAGACACUGAGCUGGAUAAAGUCCACCAUUUAGUGCCCACGGUGCCGGCAUCCACAUUGGGGACCUCUCGAUCUGGAAGAGGAGCCCCUCAAACCCCUUCAGAUUCGUCUGACUCAGCCGUCCAUCCUGCGUCCCCACAGAAGCAACAAGACGAUCAGGACCACAAACCCGAAGCCAUCAGUCACACCCCGACAGCAGUACGAAGGAAGCUGGAGGAAACUCCAACCCGUCCAGAGGAACCUGAGGAGGAGCCUGUUGGUUUGGAGAACAGGACGGAGGUCAGCGAGACCUCAGAUCGGCCGCCUUCCCCUUCAGAAGGACCAGAGCCAGAGGAGGCGGAGCAGACUCGUCCUCAGCCCAACAUGAUGGAGCCGCUGUCGGACCACAGAGGGAGUCCCCACGUGAGGAAUCACUCUGAAAGUCCACAUCUUCCUGGCGAUCACCUGUUCGAAGUGGCCGUUGAAGUGAACUUCAGUCCGGAUGUGGACGAGUCCUGGGACGACGUGGCCCGGUCACUGCUGCUGUCAGUCAAGGCUUCGGUCAGCCAGCAGCUGGAGGUCCUGCACACGCCGCAAUCCAUCACCUCCAAGCGAAUCAAAAGGUUGACUGUAGGAGUGUUGUACAUCCUCUGGCUGCACAUUGGACAGGGGCCUGGAGGGCCCCAGAUCCACAGGGCCGUCCACGCUGCCCUGCAGGGCCUCAUUGCCACAGACAUCGGAGGAAACGCCAGGAAAGCUGUCAUCGCGUCCGUGUCGACGGCAGACGUAAACGAGUGUGGGACUCAGCUGGUGCUGUGCGACGCCAACGCAGACUGUGUGAACCGGUUCGGUUCGUACUCAUGUCGCUGCAGGCCGGGCUUCCAGGACAAGUCGCGUCUGGGAUCAGGAGGAAGUGUGUGUGUUGACGUGAAGGCUGCAGGUUGCAUCUCCGGCCUGUCGGCUGAGACUAAAGGCGUCUACGUGCUUUUCUUCCUGCUCAGCUCCCUCAUCCUGAUGCUGCUGGCGGCGGCCGGCAUGCUGUACCACCGUCACCGCCGGGGGGCCUUCCUGGUCCGCUGCCACGGUCGCAGCAGCGUCUCUCCUCCUGAACCCAACAACAACCACCACCAUCACCAUCCUGACAACAGCUACUCCACCCCCGCUGACUCCGACCUGCCCCCGCCGCCUCCACCCGCCCGGGCCUUCAGGGAGGGCUGGCCCGAGUCAAAGGAGCGCAGCCUGGCCGUGGACCUGCCGCUGCUGCGCUUCAGCCCGCUGCUGCCGCCGGAUGGCUACAUGGAGCCGCAGGAGGGCGCAAAGAUGUGAAGAGGCGGGACCUGCAGCUGUGACGCUCCACAGUAACCAUUAAAAUCUCUUUAGUUUCUUUAUGUUUAGUCUGAUAGUCUUUUCCUGUUUGCAGUCUGGUGAAUUAAAGUCACAGUAACACAGCA